AAACAAUGGCCUCCUCCAUUCCUCUCUCCGAGCCCAACCCCACCUUCUCUCUGGCUCUGCUCAGAAAGCUGAGUGAGGACAAGAAGACUGCAAACAUCAUCUUCUCUCCUUUCAGCAUCUCUUCAGCUCUGGCUAUGGUGAUGCUGGGAGCCAGAGGAGACACAGCCACUCAGAUAUCAGAGUGCUUGAAAAUCCAGGAUUGUCAGGAUGAUGUCCACACUCUGUUUGCCAAACUGCUGAGUGAGAUCAACAAACCAGCAUCUCAAUUUGCUCUCAGUGUUGCCAACAGACUGUAUGGAGAGAAAUCCUACAACUUUCUGCAGGAGUUUUUAACCCAAACAAAAACUCACUACGACUCAGAGUUGGAGGCUGUGGACUUCAGAACCAGCAGUGAGGAACAGUUAGAUCUGCUAGACAACUCUGCCGGUCUCUGCCGGUGA